AUGAAGUAUUUUCCAGCAACACCACUACUACUACUAUUGUGGUUGUUCACAUGCACUACAAAAGUCUAUUCACAAUGUGACCCAUCAACAUACAUGAAGGAAUUUGAUGAUUCUGAAAUACAACCCACGUUGGAAAGAGCCACCUAUUCUUUGAUUUACUUUUAUUCCGAUUCAUGCAAAUAUUGCCAACUUUUCAAUCCAGUGUUUGAGAAUUUAUGUACCUUGUACAAUAGUGAUAGUGAAACCACCAAGUUCCAGAUCUUGAAAACAAAUGCUAGAGUCAAUAAGAAACUAGGCAAACUUUUCACAAUACAACACUAUCCCACUUUGAAAUUACUACAUUAUCCAUCAAAACAGAUGUUGGAAUAUGAAGGGGGGCGGGAUUUGCACUCAUUGAUUGAUUACAUUGACUUAAAGACUACGGUUAAACCCAACUACGACAAUUUCCAAUCUAAAGUGAAAUACGUUAAUGAUUUGCAGGAUUUAUUGGAAGGAGGAGAUAAAGAUAAAGUGGUGAUUUUCUUGAUGAGUCAUUUGGUUGAUUGGAAAGACUGUCAUUUUCCUGCUCAUUACAUUCAAAGAAUUGCACAUCUGCAUAAAGACAUUGAUUUUUACGUUUACCACGGCGAUGAUUCAAACAGUUCGGAAUUGUUGCCCCAAUUUGGCGUUAGUCAUUUCCCAAGUAUGGUCUACAUCAGAAACGGUAAAUUCAAAUCUCUCAAUACAGAGCAGUUAGCAUAUCAAACAAAUGAAAAGUUUGAUGGUGACAAGAUAGUGGCAUUUAUUGAAUCAAUAGAUGCGGAUGGUUUCAUGUGGCGGUCUAUAGAGCCAGUGAAUCAAGAUCAAAUCACUAAUGACAAUCCAUUAGAUGAUGGAUAUGAAUCUGAUGAUGAUAUAGAGCAUAUAGAAUUGUGA